UGCUUGAUGUUUAAUCUGUGAAGUCGGGAAUGCAUUGUGUGAGAUUCUCAUUCAUGGAGUUCUGUUUUUGUUAUGAAUUAUAUAGUUACGCCACCUUCACUGCCUUACAUGAUCCGUCGCUCCCGGAUGCACAAUGUGCCUGUGUAUUCGGACAUCAAGCAUGGGAAUCAGCACAGCACUCUGCUCAGAAAGGUUGAGGGAGACAUAUGGGCCCUGAAUAAGGAUGUUAAGGAAUUCCUGCUGGGGCUUCUGGGCAAAGAACCUCCAACACAGGUCAAUGAAGUAACUGGGACCAUCAGAAUUAAAGGGCAGUUUGAUAAAGAGCUGAAGGACUGGCUACUGAAGAAGGGCUUUUAAAUUCUGAUGUGGGCACAGCUAAUGAACUGAACUGCCAUACAAAGGCUGAGAGGAAAUGUAUAAGAGUGUUCUCUCCUCCUUAAAGUGGACAAACUGUAAAUUAUCAUUAGUGUACCAUUUUCAAUACCUGUGUUUUUUUAUUGUAUUAAAGAGUUUGUGAUUAUAUCCAACAUGUUCCAUGUUGUCCCAGUUGUUUAGGAUUGAAACAAAUAAAUGUAAGGUGUUCACUAAAUCCUGUUUGUAAUACUUGUGUCUGAAAAAAGGCCUAAUAUACAUCUGUGCAUCUAAUUAUGCAUGCACUUUUGUUCAAAUGCAA